AUGUGGAAGGCUGAUUCCGUGGGGGAGCGCUCCGAAGAGCUUUCCGGGGAGCACCAGAAUGGCAUGCAGCGCAAGGAUUCUGUGUUCUCUUCUGAUACCAACAACACGAAAAUCUCGAAGGGCACGAAUCACUCGUCCUCGGCCGUCAGCGUACACUCACGCAGUACGUCGUCCAGCCAUACCGAGAAGUGGACGUACCUUUUCAAAGAGGCGGAUGUUGCCUUCAAGCCAGUUGACAGCGUCAUCGUGCAGGGCGACGAUCGCAAGAUCUCCAUGCAUCCGGAUGGGGUGGACGUGGUUCCUGGCGAGCUCAACAGGGUCAGAGGGGGCAAGCCGAACACGCUGCGGACCACUCGUUUCACGCUGUUGACUUGGAUCCCCCUGAGCCUGAUGCAGCAGUUCAAGCGCAUCGCGAACAUAUACUUCCUGUUCAUCUGCGUGAUCGUGUGCUUCCCGUGGUCACCCAAGUCGUGGCAUAGCAAGCUGGGCCCGUUUGUCCUGGUGCUGUUCUGGACCGCCUGCAAGGACAUGUACGAGGACCUGCGCCGGCGCCGUGACGACAAGGCCGAGAACUCCCAGACCGUGCAGCGCCUCGUGAAGGGCAAGAACGGCAGGACUCGUUCGAGUGGGUCACGUGGAAAGACGUCCUGGUGGGGGACGUGCUGUUCAUCCUGA